AUGUCGAUGAUGAAGAUGGGCAAUAACAAACAUCUGAUAUCUUUAUUGAUAUUGCUACUGUUGUUAAUGCAACAGACUCAUUGUGUAUCAUCUCAGAGAAUAUAUGCAUACAAUGAACAAGCACAACAACAACAACAACAACAACAACAAACCAUAAACAAUAGAGUUGUAAAUAGUCAUCUCUUGUCAACUAAAGACACGGGAAACAACAACAAUGUAAAUAAUGAUAUCAAUGAUUUAAACCUUAUAGUUAGCACUUUGGAUGGUGACAUCUACUCGUUUCGAUUCAAGGAUGGCAUGCUCAACUGGAUGAUUGAGAAUGAUCGUCCACUGUACACAACAUCUCAACAGAACCAACAUCAACAAACACAACAGAACAAUAAUAAUAAUAAUAAUAACAGAUUAGAUGGAGAAGAUGAAGAAGAAUAUGAUGCACCAUUGCUGAUACCAAACAUUGAUGGAAGUGGCGAGUUCUAUCAAUAUGUAGACGGAUCAAUACAAAAGAUACCUUAUACAUUGUUUGAUAUAAUACAAUCAUCGCCAUUGAUGACAAAGACACAGACAACAAAGCCAGACAGCAGCAGCGAUAGUGACCAGCAAAACACAUUGUACAUUGGAAGCAAGUUCACAACGGUCAUCGUGUUGGACACGGACACAGGCAAGAUACUCAAGACAAUGUCCAGGGAUGGCCAGUGGGAGGAAGGCUGUCCCACGAUGAUGACCGACUUCACGCAGCCCAACACACUGAUCUUGACGCGCUCCGACUACAAGGUGGUGGCAAUCGAUCCCAGCUCGGGCGCUGAGCGCUGGAACCUCUCGCUGGGCGAGUACACGCCCUUCCCCGCGUCGCCAUCGUCCGUGCUGAACGAUGACUUUGAAUUCGAGGGAUCCAUCGAGGUGUUCCAACUCAACAAUCGCUACAAGAUCUUUGUCAAGAAGAACGAGGUGUUGAUGGCCAACAACUAUUGGGAGACGAUACUCAAGUCGCCGCCCGUCUCGAUAUACGCACAUUCAGUGUCGGAGGGCGUGCUCCAGCGAUUGGACUUUACGCGCAAGUUCACUGGCAAUCAGUUUGAGAUGUUGCCGCAUCCAGACCGAUCGACAGACUUGGUGCCGUCAGGCUGGCAGCCAACAUUCAUCUUUGACACGUACGAUGGUCAACUCUAUAUUACAUCAAAUGAGAAGCGAAAUGGCAAAGACAAUAGCAACAACAAUCAAUUGGUCAUUGAAAACAACAAUGCCAACAUGAUCACUGAUGGCUCGGAACAAAACAAGAGUACACCUCCAGUCAAUGGUGGAUCGGGCACUGCAUUAUCAUUGGCCGAGUUGAUCGAGAGCAAUCAAGUCAAGGUAUCAUUGUUGUUGUUUGCUGUGGUCUUUAUUCUAUUCAAGAUGUACACGACGUACAAGAAGAUCAUGCAGUCAAAGCCAAGGUCGUCAUCAUCAAAUAUCAACGCUUCAAAGAACAAGACACCCAAGAAGAAGAAGAAGCCACAACAGGCUCAGAGUCAUAAGAAUGAGCAGAGGGUUGACGAUGAGGAGCAAGAGCAAGAGCAAGAACAAGAACACAUUGAAGGUGCCCUGCAGCAGAAGUUCCAGGAGGUGCAAGAGAAGGUACAGGAGAAGAUGCAAGAGGCAGUACAGGCGCCAGCUCAGGAGCAAGAUGGACCUCUCACAAUGACCACAACUACAACUACAACCAAAACAACAUCGACAGAUACAACUGGUCAUCUGGCAGCAUCGCCGACAUCACCUUUGGCCAUGGCUGCGACUGGUGACACCAGCGAGACUGUUGUCAGCAUAAGUGUGACAAAUAGAAUCUUCUUGGACAAUGGAAACACAAGGGUUGGCAAGCUAGAGAUGAGCUCCAAUGUGUUGGGCACUGGCAGUUGUGGCACGGUCGUGUUUGAAGGAUACCUCGAGGGCCGUAAGGUGGCCGUCAAGCGAAUGCUCAAACAAUUCAUCAAGUUUGCUGACCGAGAGGUCGCCCUGCUACUGCACUCGGACGAGCACAUGAACGUCGUGCGCUACCACGCCAAGGAGGAGGACAACGAGUUCAUCUACCUGGCACUGUCCUACUGCAAGCACAGUCUGGACGCAAUGGUCAGCAGCAAACAGCUGACCGACUACAAGAGCAUAACAAUCACACCGGUCAUGCUGCGCAUGAUCUCCGAGCUGAUUGCCGGCCUGUCUCAUCUGCACUCGCUAAACAUUGUGCAUCGCGACGUCAAGCCCCAGAACAUCCUGGUCGACCCCAACAACCGCAUCAAGAUCUCAGAUAUGGGUCUGGGCAAGAAGCUGGACGGCGAGUCGCACUCGCUCACAUUCACAUCGGACAGCUUUGGCUGGCAGCCCGCCGAGUACCUGAAUGGCACCAACAAGAACACCAAGAAGGUCGAUAUCUUCUCGAUGGGCUGUGUCAUAUUCUAUCUGGUCACUGGACAGAAUCCAUUCGGUGGCAAGUACACUCGCGAGAAGAAUGUACUCAAGGGCAAGUUCGACAUCGAGCCCAUUGCACACUUACCAGACCUUUAUGAUUUGGUCCACUCAAUGAUUGUAUAUGAUCAGGCAUUAAGACCAUCGAUCGAGGAAUGUAAGAUACAUCCAUUCUUUUGGAGUCCUCACAAGCAGAUGAUAUUCUUGGUGGCGGCGUCGGACUAUUUGGAGUUUGAGGAUCCAAACUCAGCGCUGAUCGUCGAGCUGGACAAGCUGUCUGGUGAGGUGAUUGGCAGUGGCCAGUCAGAAUGGUGGUCCAGACUGGAUCAGAUAUUGAUCGACAAUAUUGGUCGCUAUCGAAAGUACAAUGGCAAGAGUCUGCGCGACCUCUUGAGAGUUAUUCGAAACAAGUUCAAUCACUACCGAGACCUGCCCGCCGAUGUCCAGAACUGUCUUGGUGCACUGCCCGAAGGCUUCCUCGGGUACUUCAAGCAGCGCUUCCCCAGACUGAUCAUCACCACCUAUCAUUUCAUCAAGAAGCACCUAAGAAAUGAGUCACAGUUCAAACAGAUCUUUAUGACGGAAGAGGCAACUGGUUAA